GAGAGCGACUCGGCAGGGGCAGUCAGAGCAUUUGCAGAGAGCAGAGCACACCGAUCAUUAUCAAAAACUACUGCGGGAGUCCAGCAAGAGUCACAUCACACUCGCCUAAGUCCGAUCAAACACGUCCAGAAACGGGAACGCCAGAGUCUGCUUAUCCCUGGAUAUCUGCCCUGCACGACCGCUCGGCCCCGGUGUGCCAUCCAACGCAGGACUUUGGAUAUUAUUAAGGAUCGUAAGAGCAGAUUUGUUUUCUCCGCAGUGGGAAGGCUCGAUCCACCCCCGAGUCUGAUGAUUUGAGAGGGAAGCAAUGCAGCGCUGUGACUGAACACCAUAUUCCUGCUUCGAUCCACAUUUCAUCUGAAUCUGCAGACGCGCUCCGCCGAUCGACCGCUCUUCAUUUAUGCUUUUGCUUUUCAAAAACAAAUCUCACCCGAGAUUGCGACUGACGCCAUUUUACAGCGAUAAAAACGCCGUUUGCUUGAGUUUGAGGGAUUGUAAAGUGCUUGUCAUAAUCUAGUGGAUGGAUUUACUCUCGUAGACUUCAGCAGCAGAAGAAGCUUCAGAAAUGGUUUCACCUGGGAAAAACUCCACCUUAGCAAGAUUUAUAAGAUUUCGAGAGCAGUAGAGCCAAAAGCCAUCACAUCCCUCUCUGAUUAAAUUCAAUCACCUGGACCGGUGUCCCUCUGCCCAUUUCGGGUCCCUCUGCUACCUGAUUCUUGGACCAAGCUUCAGGAUGGAGCAAAGAGACCUUACUCGGACGGCCCGGCCCAAAGGAAACGAGGAGUUCUUCUCCACUGUUACCACCAUCAACAGAGCAGAUCUCAGUGAGGUGGGUCUCCUCGCCAGUCCAAUAAAGAGCCUCCCUUUACCUGGAGAGCAACAGGACCACGAAGAGGAAGAAGACCUCGGACUGGGGAAGGACAUCGAUGUCACUUCUAAUGCGGACAGUGAGAGAUGGGGGCAGGCAGAUGGGCUGGAGGAGCAGGAGUUCUCCAUCAAGGAGGCCAGUUUCUCUGAAGGCAGCUUGAAGUUGAAGAUACAAACGACCAAGAGGGCCAAGAAGCCUCCUAAGAAUCUGGAGAACUACAUCUGUCCUCCUGAGAUCCGCAUCACCAUCAAGCAGCCAGGAGAGCAGAAGACCGCCAAGCAUGCCAGGGGUGUCAGGGGAGGCAAGGAGGAAGAUAAAGGACCCCCCAGAAAAAGGACCUACGAAAGGCCUUAUAAACUUGUGGAUAAAACUGACAACGUGAUGAUGGAUAAUGCAAAACCAAAGCAUGAGUCUAAAAGCAGUGACAUUCACCACCUUGACUGGACAAAGCCGUUGGAUACUGUUGAGGAUGCAGCGUCCCAAGAACAACACAGGACAGAACCGGAAUCAAAAAGAGAAUCAGCGUGCACCAACAAGAGCCCUUUGUCAGAUCCCAGCACCCCAUUCUCAAAAUCGCAAGCUAAGAAGGUCACAGACAGUUCAUCUGGAAGUCUCUUUGCUUCUGCCAUGUCUUCCUCAAGCACUGACUCACUAGCAUCAUCUCCGGUUGAUACAGUAAUGAGUCCCCCAGCUGACUCAAAUCUGUUCUCUUUUAGUAAAGACAGAGGUUUGCAGGAAGUCACAGAGCAAGUUUUUGGGAACAUCAAACGUAAAUACGGAAGGAAAGACCCAACAAAAGCCUCGUCCACGCAUAAUUUAGGCCUUCACUGGGCCAAAAAGAUGGACAGAGAUACUGAAAACCUAGAUAGUACUAAGGAGAAACAAGCAUUUAACACUGAUAAAAGUGAAUUUGAGACAGUGGAGCCUGAGAAGUCAAGCAGUAGGCCGGAUGAUGAGAGUAAGACAACAACAAGCUGUGGCACUCACCAUGCAGACGAAUCUAGGAGUAAAAAGCGAAGAAACAAAAAAGUAGGUGACGAUAACAACUUGUUAUCUGAUGCACAAACCACACAGCAAGCUGAGAAGGCUGAUAAAACUGACCAAGGGAGCACAAAACCUAAAAUUACAAAGAAAAUCGAGUUCGGUGCACCAAAACAAUUUGGUGUAAAUUUACGGGAGAGCAAGGAAGACAGUGCUGAGACGAUGACUGAUGAUGUGGAGAUGUUUCAGAACAGACCGAGGAAAACACCAGCUGGGAGACAAAGAUCAGUGAUUGAUGCCGACAAACAAACAGAGGGUAGGCAAUCAAAGGUCAAGGACAGGUGGACUUAUUUAAAGUCCCAGAACUCCUCUGCUCAUAAAGACUUGAAUCAAUCUCUGUCCAUUGAAGAGCCACCCUCUGCCUUCCCUAUUACCCCAUCCAGCCCGCUCUACACAAACACAAACAGUUUGACAGUCAUUACCCCACUGAAGAAGAAACGUGGCCGGCCCAAAAAGCAGCCAUUACUUACCGUGGAGACAAUUCACGAAGGAACAGCAACAAGCCCCAUUAGCCCUAUCGCCCAAGAUUCCUCCAGCACUUCGAAGCGGAAGAAGAAGCAUAACAUGUCAAAAUUGGUGCAGUUGGCCUUCAACAAAUCCCCUCCUGCACAGCAGUUGAAACUCAAGAAAUCAGGUCAGGAAGGUGUCCUUAAAAAGAGGGCGACGAAGAAAAUGAAACUGGUCAAGGUGCAGAGCAUUUUGAAUGAGCUUUUGACCACUUCUAGUCCAGGCAAUCUUGCCUUGAAGUCCAGCGUUCCGGUUUCAAAUGCCAUGUCGACUGUGGCAUCGACAAUCGAGGCCCGUUUUGGCAAGCAAAUCAACGUCAGCAAGCGUGGGACUAUUUACAUAGGCAAAAAGCGGGGAAGGAAGCCUAGAAUGGAUCUUCAUACCCAGCAAAAUGAGCACAAAGCCAGUGAUAAGCACCCGUUGCCUAUUUCCAGUCCGUUUGAGAACCCUCUAGUGCCUUCUAAUACAUCGUCCACAACCGGAAUGCCUUCUCCCAGGGUCAUGCAUUCCCUUUCUUCUCACUCUGGAGCAGGUGGGACGGCUCACCCUGCCACCACGGACACCAGCCAGCAUGACCUGAAGACAAUGCCAAAUCUACAGCCUAUCAGUGCAUUGCCCACGAAAACACAUAAGGGCUUGCUUAGCAGUAACUGGAAGCUGUCUCCCCCGAGACUAUUGGCCAACUCACCAUCCCACCUGUCCGAGGUAGCUUCCAUCAAAGAAGUCACCCUCUCUCCAGUUAGCGAGUCCCACAGUGAAGAGACAAUCCCUAGCGAUAGCGGAAUUGGCACCGACAACAACAGCACAUCAGACCAGACAGAGAAAGGCCCGGCAUCCCGCCGGAGAUACUCAUUUGAUCUUUGCAGCUUUGAUGCCACCGAGACCGCCAUUUUAGAGGCGAAAAGCAAAGCGGCGAGGGGACACUACCAGAAGCGCGUGACUGGAGUCACCGUGGAGAACUUCUUCGCUCAGGAGAGCCUGAAGAAGCAGAAACAUCGGAGGAAACGCAAGGCCCUUCAGAGCCGGGAUGACCUGCAGUUUAUGGCUGACCUCGAGGAGCUGGUUGGCAAAUUCCAGGUCUUCCGAAUCUCCCACCGCAGCUACAAGUUCUACCAUGAGAAUUCCUAUCCCAGCAUCUUCCGUCUCAACUUUGACCAAUACUAUCCUUUGCCAUACUAUCCCUACGACCCUGUGCACUAUCUUCGCAGGAGCUCUGAUAAGUCAAAGAGGAGGCGUGGUCGGCCAGCCAAGUCAAACGAGCCCAUAUCAAAGAUGCCUUUUAUCCAAGGGUUUGGCUGCCCAGUGCCUGGUGGCAAUUACUAUGCACCCUACGCGAUGCCUUACACAUCCAUGCCUCUUGCCACAAGUAUGGUGAACAUGGGCUAUUACGGUCAGUACCCUUCACCCUUGUACUUAUCUCAUGCACUUGGACCUUCAGCCUCUCCUCUCAUGAGGCCACCAGUCCCCCCACCAAAGUUCCACCCUGGUGCGUCCUCUAGUCUCGCUGCUCCUAGCAGACAUCGGGCAAAGAAUAUGCCACAUGAGAUGCCUUCAUCUAGAAUGAGUGACUCUCAUCACCCUCCAAGCGGCUGUUUGGGAAGCGUCUGCCUCCUCAAACGCAAGCACAAGCACAAGUACAAACAUAAAGAGGAUCAGUACGUCCCACAGAGGGAGGACCUCGGCGGGCUCUUCAGCGGAACCCAGAGUCCUGCCUUCCUCAACCUCUUGAAUGAGCGACUCGAGAAGAACUCUCUGUCCAAACUGAAGGACAAGCAAAGAGGCAAGCAAAGCACAGAUGCUUCGCCAAAAGCUUCCAGGAACUACUUUGAAGUAGACACGCUCUCGUCAUUAUCCUUAUCUGACUCUCAGCAUUGUAAACGCACUCGAGGAGAGACACUGAACAACUUCCUGAACAUCUGCACUAGACAACCACACGAGCGCCUGCGAGCCAGCCAGGACCAGUCGCUGGACUCGUUCAAGGGGCAGCACUUAGGGGAUGAUGAUUCUAGCAUUCACAUCAGGAGGCAUGGCUUGGAGGACUUUGCAGCGUACAGAGAAGGAAGCAUGGCAUGCUUCCAAGGAGGCAGAGAAGAGAGGGCCGAGCAGAUGUACCAGUGCUCCAACACAGCUGUAGCAGACCCCAGUUCCUACAAGAGGAGGCACAAGCGCAAAGACGUGGACGAGAUCCAGUGCGACAUGCGAAAAGCAUGCACCUUCUCCAAGAUCCUCACCACCAAGAAGAACCUGGAUCACGUCAACAAGAUUCUGAAAGUCAAGAGGCUUCAGAGGCAGGCCAAGACGGGGAAUAACAUGGUGAAGAGACGCCGAGGGAGGCCGAGGAAGCAGCCGCUUUCUCUCGAGGAGGGAUUGCUGGGUCAGAUGCCAGUUCUAGAAAAGUGUGUGGAUCUUCCUGGAAAGAGGAACCUUCACACCGGUCUGGUUCCCGCUCAGCUUGAGUUCUCCAAUCACGACUCCAUCACAGACGCCAUCGAGUCAGUGGUACACAUGGCCAGAACCCAAUCCAACAUGCUAUCCACGCAAGGAGGCAAGCCCUGGCACAAAGUUCAGCCGGAGCUCCAAAUCGAGCGGCCAAACCGCAAAGGAAGAGGGAACAAGAGAGAAGAAACUACUCUCACCUCACAUUAGAGAAGUGCACUGUGAGUUAGCCUUGUGCUUGGGUCUUUGUAUGGUUUUUUCACUUUGUGUUGAUCUGAAUUCUACUGAUACGUUUCAAUGGGCAUUCGCUGAGAUUAUUGGAUCGUGGUUGUGGUCCAAAAAGCUCUAUCACGUAUUUUAUAUCGGUCUCAAGGAGACGAACUGAACUUUUACUCUCCCAAAGCCCAUAACCAUGAGGAUGAGGAAACUAUGGCUUUAGCCAUAAUCUACCAGCACAUGUAAAUGAACUUCAACGACAGUACUGUGCACUUUUUUUCCUUUCUCGUUUUUUGUUUCUCAAGCACAAAGCACAGAUCUUCUGGCAGAAGUUGAUUUCCAACAACAGGUCACCGGUAACUCACUGCUAACAAAUGCUUACAUCCGCUUGCCUGCGCUCAGGUGUGUUUCAGGCAUGAACUAAUGGCAAUACUUUUGGACGAAACCCUUUUCAGUGAUGUUUUGAUGGCUAUCAUUUCACUGUACAUAGCAACAUAUUCUACUAACAUUUCAAAUUCAAAGUAUUUUAGAUCUACCUAUACCGUCAGCAUAUCAAAUCAAAAACCAUAUAAAGUUUGAAAUGUUUUUUUUGUUCUGUUUUAACCAAAUAGAAGUAGAACGCUUGUUCAAAUGGAAAAAAACGAAACAUAUUUAGUCGCGUAAUCCUAACGAAGUGGAAUCACUGCAGAUCGAAGGCUUGUUGACGACACAGGACAUCGAAACACACAUCCCAGGCUUGAUGGAAAAAUGCUACGGUUGCAUUUAAAACCAACAAAGCACUUAUUUCUUUCCUUCGUUUUUUGUAGAACAAGUUUUGAGUGGGCUGAAGUUGUACACAGUGUCAGAGUUGGUUUUUCGCUUUAAAUAAUAGUGAGCAUCUGGACGAUGUUUUUUAUUAUCCGACUGGAAAUCAAGUUCUUAUUCGAGUCUCUUCGAGAAUGUGCCUGCUCUUGUUAACUAAACAAUAAUAGUAUGUCUAUAUACCUGUCAGUAUUAGAUAUCCACAUGACCAAAGUUUCAGUGUAGUCGUGUAUCAUAGGAUAGAUCGGUUUCAGUUUAGCUGCUUGUGUGUAUUACUAUGAAUGGUGUGGUGGUGUGCUUAUUUGUCGAUUAGUCCGUCGUUCGGAUUGGAGAAAUGAACCAGAAUGUACACUGAAGACUAUUUAGGUGGUCGCAAACUAAUCAAAUACAUGUCCUACGCUGUUUUAGAUUUCUAGAUUUGAAUGUGGUCCUAAUUUGAAUAGCUUUCCAUUUGUUAGUUUUUCCAUAAAUGUGCCUUAUGUUUGUCUAUAAAUCCAUAACAUGUUCAGGUACUGGAACACAUAAUGGCAAGAUAUCAGUCGGGAAUGUACAUAAUGUAGUUUGCCGCCCUGGUUGUAAUGUGUUCAUCGUUUCGGUACGCCUUCGCAGGUCUUGCUACAGUAUAACACAGGCUUCGUUUUGACUAUAUACAGUACAUAUAUUUAUAUACAUUACAGAACAUCUGAAGACGUCUCGCUAGCCAAACCCACGCAGGGUUGUUGACAUGAAUACACGCUUAUUUACUAUGCAUCAGGUUAUUGCUGUGAAUCGGCUGACGCAUAACGACUCUUUUGUAAGCUUUCUGUUAAAUGAAGUGGUCUUACUGAAAAAGUUUGAAUAGUGCUAAAACUGACUAUCAUUUCUGUUGCAAUUCUAGUCAUUGUCUAGGGGAGGGAAAUCAGCCUCUACGCAGUGCAGCCUUAAUCAAAUGUUCAUUUCAACAAAUCGUCCCCUGUAAAUAGUCGACCAUCUGUAGGUAGCUGCGUGAAUCAUGCCUAAGAAUAUGUUGCACUCACAGUUGUCCAAAGUAGGACGCGCGCAUAGCGGCCGAAGAGGCCGCGAACCGUUCUGUCCUCGCGGUAACUCGCAGUGCGUUGAAGCUAAAUAAAAGUAAUAUAUGCCGGCAGCUAUUUGCCUCAGCCAGUCGUGCUGGACCUUUUUGUAGGACGCGUCCAUUUGCGCUGGUUCCGCUGAACACCUGCGAACAUUGCCAAAAAUGUUGACCUUUAUCAGUGCUUCAAGCACCGAAAGCUAUGUUUUAAAACAAAAUGUGCACCGUAGCAGUUUUCUGAAACAUGAUUAUAAUAGGUUAGUCAAACGUGGCUUUGGUAACAAGGCCUGGCAGCUCAAAUUCGCUCGGCUUGUAUGGUUUUAAAAUGCCAGAUAUAUUUUCUCCACCAGCUGAUAAGUGGUGCCUUGUGAAGUUAAGUGUAUUUUUUUAUGUUCCUGCUCCUAAACGACAAUAGCGACUUUGUGUCGAGUAAAUAGAACCGAGGUCACCGAGAGAAUGUCAUCCACUCCAACGUAGUGUCGUAUUUUAGUUCGUAUCGCUAUUAAUGAAGUUAUAAUACAAGUGAAGUGUUAAUCGAAAGUAAUACUCCUAACGAGGACACAACGGAAGCUCUUAUCGCUCUCUAAAUUCAUACAUAUGGUGUUAUGACCAUUUUGAUUUGUGUAUCUGCAUGCUCUAUUUGAUUGUAUGCAUACAAAUUUUGAAGAAGUCGAGAAGUAUUGAAUUUGAAUAAGAUCUUAUACAUGGUUUGAUAUGUUUUUUUGUAAUGGAUUUUAAAUUCAUAAAGCAUUUUGUACAUUGUAUGGAUAUUAAAAACAGCAAAUAAUGGACGUAUAUAGAAAAGAAUAAAUACUGAUAUACACAGACAUAUGCAUUGUACAUAGAAUGUACGUAUACACAUUCAUGUUUUGUGUAACGGUGUAUACAGACAUGUUUAUAAAUACAAGUACUAGCCUGUACAUAUGUACAUACAUGUAAGCUUGCAUGUGUUUGGUCAUGUUUGCCGUUCAUGAUCUUGUAGUUUUAUUUUUUUAUUUCUUCUUUUUCUUACUGUAAAGCUCAUUUUGUGCAGCCAUCUCUCCGGUGAGCAGUAUUGAGCACUUAAAAUACAGUCGAUCUUGUUCAUGUCAUUCAUUGUGCAAAAAAAUAAUAAAUGAAUUUAUCGAGAGCUCA